ACAGGAAGACCAGGGCUUCCGGGAGACAAAGGCGCCAUGGGAAUCCCUGGAAGACCGGGACUAAAGGGGCAACCCGGAGAGAAGGGAACCCCUGGAGAAGCAGGCAUGUCCAUCAUCGGUCCCCGAGGCCCUCCCGGACAGCCUGGAACGAGAGGUUUUCCUGGAUUUCCGGGCCCGAUUGGUUUGGAUGGCAAACCGGGCCAUCCUGGACAGAAGGGGGAGAUGGGUGUUGCUGGUCCUAAGGGACAGCCGGGACCUCCAGGACAAAAAGGAGAAAAGGGCCAGUGUGGAGACUACCCACACAGGCUGUUGCCUCUCCUCAAUUCAGUGCGGCUGGCUCCACCCCCGGUUAUAAAGAGACGCACUUUCCAGGGUGAACAAGGACAGGCGGGGAUUCAAGGUCCACCAGGGCCACCUGGUCCAUCAGGGCCAACUGGACCAUCUGGACCAGCAGGAAAUCCAGGACAACCUGGCCCUGUUGGGCCACCUGGCAAAGCAGGGGAGCCUGGAAAGGCAGGCAAGGAUGGAAAGGGUUUACCUGGACCUCCUGGACCAAAGGGAGACCCUGGAAUUCAAGGAUACCAUGGGAGGAAGGGGGAGAGGGGCAUGCCAGGGCUGCCAGGAAAACAUGGAGCUAAGGGGGAGAAGGGAAGAGCUGGUGAUCCCGGGCUUCCUGGAUUCCUAGGACAGAAGGGAGAGAAGGGAGAUGCUGGCAAUGCCCUCGGGGGCGGUAAAGGGGAACCCGGACACCCGGGACUACCUGGGCCUCCAGGACCAAAGGGGGAAGCUGGUGACAUUGGCCAGACUGGAAUUGCAGGACCGCAGGGGGAAAAGGGAGAACCUGGAGCACCCGGAGAACUGGGGCCUGUUGGUCCAAGGGGUCCCAAAGGGGAGCCAGGAAAGGAUGAAAUGGUGGAUUAUGAGGGUAACAUCAAUGAAGCUCUACAGGAAAUACGAACCUUGGCCCUGAUGGGACCUCCUGGACUUCCAGGAGUAGCUGGGCCCCCAGGGCUACCAGGACAGAAGGGUGAAAUUGGUUUACCGGGUCCUCCUGGACAUGAUGGCGAGAAGGGGCCACGAGGUAAAUCAGGAGAGGUGGGGCCUCCUGGUCCCCAAGGGCCCCCAGGAAAGGAGGGACCUCCAGGAGUGAAGGGAGAGACUGGACUUACGGGGACCCCAGGAGCAAAGGGGGAAAAGGGGGAGGCAGGAGAAGCUGGCUCUCCGGGUCUUGAUGGCCCAACUGGGGAGAAAGGAGAACAAGGUGACCAAGGGAUACCAGGACCUUCAGGAUUACCGGGUCUAAUUGGACUUCCAGGACUGACAGGAGAAAAAGGAGAACCUGGUGAGGAUGGGGAAAAAGGAGACCCAGGGGAUUCAGUAUCGGGGCCACCCGGGCCUCAAGGCCCACCAGGUGCUGCAGGUCUUCAAGGCCUUCCAGGACCGAAGGGGGAAGCAGGGAUUGAUGGAAUGAAAGGAGAGAAGGGUGUCCAGGGUGAGAAAGGAGACCGAGGUCCACUGGGAUUGCCCGGUACUCCAGGACCAAUUGGAGCUCCAGGACCAGCAGGACCAAAAGGGGAAAGGGGCAGUAAAGGUGACCCUGGAAAUGCAGGACCAAUGGGGCUAGCUGGGCUUCCUGGUUUACAAGGCCCAUCUGGUGACAAAGGAAACCGGGGGGAGAGGGGCAAGAAAGGCUCUAGAGGGCCUAAAGGGGAUAAGGGAGACCAAGGAGCGCCUGGAUUAGAUGCACCCUGUCCAUUGGGGGAAGAUGGCUUGCCAGUUCAGGGCUGCUGGAAUAAGUGAUGAUUCUAACCAUGGACUGGCCUGUGUGUGUUUUGUAAAUAGAAUAUUUAUUUUUAUACAAUGUUCUUUUCUGAAAUGCCAAGAAGUUAUACAUUUUACAAAUUAUCAAAAGCUGCAUAUAUUUUGUACAGAAAAUACUAAAUUUCCCUUUUUCUGUUUGUCAAUCCUUUAUAUAUUCUGUGUCUAUAUUAUGCUCAUAUUGUUGUGGAGUCCAGCUGUAAUAUUUGCAUGAUAUUUGUGCACACUUGAUAAGUAUUGGAAUUUAAUAAAUUAUUGCAUUCAGGUGCCAAAAGGAACUGCCCUGUAUAGAUCUGUAGGUCAUUUUCGUUGCCAAAUCGGGAGAAGUAAAGAAUAUUUGAAGUGUUAUGGAUCUUAUUAUUAAAAUGAAAUAUGACAAUGUUAUCUUUUUGUGAAUAAACUAUGGUGUUGCUGGGGAAAGCCUGGGGCAGCCAGCAGUGCUAUUAAAAUGAGGGACUUCUAUUUAUUACAUCAGUUUAGAGCAUAAGGACUUUCUUACUCAGUUUGCCAUAUCCUAGUGCAAUGAAACCACCACUAGAGGACAC